GUGGGUGCUGUUUGUUUUGUGGUGUUUAUUUUUACUCUAAACAUUUCAUUAACAGUAUCAUUCUUUGAUAUUUCAUAAUACAAAAAUGAACGACUCUUACGGUUCGUUUAACUCCACGACAACGACUAGUUCUCAGGCGAGUCAAUUAAAGAUUGUGGAAAACGCUGACAUGUUGAAAGUAAAAGAAUAUGUAAAAAGUUUGUUAAAAACUCGUAUUUUCUUGGGACGUUACCUUGAAAGGUUACUCGCUGAUCAGCGGAUUGGUUACCGGGACAUCGUUAAACUCAGCCCAGCGGAAACGGAUUUGAAGAGGGAUUUGCUAGACGCACAGUCUAAGCUAAGAAGUGUAUUCUCUGGCACACACUGGAUUGGCAUUACGGACUCCGAAGCAGCGGGACAUUCCUCGGGGAUUUGUUUAUGGACAGAAAUAGAGAACCAACCAUUUGGAGUGUUUUGGUUUCAAAUCAAAAGUGUUAAAUUCCGUGACUUUGAAGUCAUUAUCCAAUUAAAAUGUUUAAGGCACAUCACUGAUGCCUUCAUGGAAGUCGAACCAAUAGUCUUAGGUCGUGCUGAAAAGCCAACCAUUGAGUCUACCCUCAAUGACACUGCAAAGGUAGUAAUUUCCAGUACAAAAAGUAUCUUCACGCUGGACGGCUUAAAAGAUGGUGUAACAUUCAUUUUUGUUUUUAUCAUAGCUGUGUUUACAGGUAGCAAUGCCUUUGUCCAAUUCCUCGGUAACUUUGUUUUAGCUCUAGUAAGAGAAAUGUCCAAUUUGGUUACAAAAUCAACACCACUCCUUUUGGGAUGUUUAGAUUUCUUGAGCAAGAUUGUUGGUGGGUUUUAUAUAUUGAUUGCAAUGAUUUUUAAGCCCAGUAACCCUAAUCCUUUAAAUAGGCGGACUAUUGCUUAUAAUAACAGACCUCAAACUACAUAUUAUAAUGAUAAAAAUUUUGAUUAAAAUCAAAAAAGGUGUAUUGUUAUAAAACUCAGUAAUAUAUGUAUAUAAAUGUUGAAGGUUUAUUAUUGGUGUGGAAUAUAGAGAGAUUAAUAAUAAUUUGCACAAUAUAGUGUAAUAGACAUAUUUAUCUAUCAGCCUUACUAACAUGUAACUGAUCAGCUUUCUACCACAUGGGAAAUUGGAUGUAGAACUUAGUCACCAUCAUUGGCAUGCACUUCUUGUGUGCACAUCAGUGGCAUGACUCAUGAACUUGUAUUGAAGGAAGAAUUUACCAAUCUGUACAAUUUGUACACAUAAUGCCGACUCUAGUUAAAAACCUUGUGCACACCACAGCGCCCACACUGCUUCAAUGCAGGAUAGUGGACUUGGGUAGUGACAUUUAACUCUAGAAAGAUCAAUAUUAUCAAAAGAUAGUAAUAAUAACAGAUAUAAGAAGUUGCUCAGCCGACAACAUGCAACCAAAUGAUGUAACUCUUGCAGAGAAAUGGACAAAUGUCAACCAAUAGCAGCACAAUCGGAUGUCCUUUUCAUUGUGUUGGGACAAAAUAGAUGCUGGUACUAUACCACUAUCAUUAAUUGACAUUUUGUCUAUUUCUCUCGACUACAUAUGUUGUUGGUUGCAUGCUAUCAAUUGAAAAAUUCUUUAAUAAAAUAUUCUUUUUACUCUCCAACAUGAUUCUAACUUCAUUAUUUGUAAACUUAAAUACAAAUCACUAGACCUACAGUAUACAGAAUGUUACCAGAAAUACUUCAUUUUUUGUUAUUACUGAUUUAUAUAAGAUUCUGCAACACAUUACAUAAGUAAUUAAUAAUGUAAGUAGUUUUAUUAAAGUCAUGAACAUCAUGUAUGAACAUGAUGUAUCAAACCAAAGUAUAAUUAAUGAUAAUAAUAAUUUCUUGCUUUCCAAGUGCAUGAGAUUAGAAUAAUGACAAUAUAGUGACAAUACUUUUUGUAUUGAUAAACCUAAUGUAUAUUUUAUUAGAUAUAUUUGUUUUUUGCUUCUAUUAAUAGGUAUAUUUUUAUGAUGCAUGCAAUUUUUAUGACAUCUCAGAAAUCAAGUGCAGGUGUCACUGAGCAGGUCAUACAGGUCGAGACGCGUAAAGCUUUGGUGUCUUGAUCGUCAAAGCUGUGUUGUAUGGUUCAAACGCAGCAUUAACAGUUUCUGCGGGGAAGCAUUCAGUUGAUUUUCCAGCAGCUUACAGAAUAGACGUGUCAACAUGGACAAUAUUUUGGAAAUUCUCCACCAAUUUUCUUUGACGAUUAAACUUUUAUGGCUGUUUUUUUUGUUUAUAAAUAAAGAAGGAUAAUUAUUCUAGACUAAUUCUAUGAAAUUGUCUUCGCCCAAGUCCAUUGUUCUACCCGUGACGCACUACGCAGCUAAUGAAAUAGAAUAAGAAAUGUUUAUUUGAAAUAUUCAGUAUAGAAUUACAGUGACGUCCAAUGAAAUGAAGGAGAAUGACGUCGCGCAGAGCGGGAACCCGCUCCUCACCGCGCUUGCCGUUCGCUGCUGACGCUGACUGCGACGGAACAAAGAUCAUUCUAUGCGUUUUUCAUGGGAUUUUUCGUCCGACACCGCAUGCCGCACAACGCAGCGUUGUGCGUUACGAUCAAGAGACCAAAGCUUUAGGCAACUACGGGUGGGAGAGAGGGGCGAUGCCGUCGCCGCGCCUCUACGUUACCGUUGAUAUUUAAAUUCUUGUCCUGUUAACGCAUUAUGUUCCGAAACGUCAUAAAGUUUGCAUGCCAUUGGGAAUUUGUGUAGCUAAAGGUGUCUAAAUUAAGCAUGAUGAAUUUUUGUGGGAUCUCAAUCUUUUUUGACUAUUAUUAUGUGUUGUAUUGUUUCAUGUCUGUACUAACAUAACAUUCCUUCUAUUGAAAUUUCUUUGUGCGAGUCAUUAGCAAAUUGUUUUGUACAUUAAUAUUAGAAAUACAAAUAAAAAUCAAGCUUUUAUAUAAAAGAAAAAAAUAAAUUAUACAGAUAUUGAAUAGAA